UCGCUAAUCCACCCCGUUGUCUUUCUCAUAAGACCAGUCUUCCAGAGCUGACACAAACCAGGAAACACAAGUAGAAACUGUAAGAGUCACACCAAAAUGACCCGGCGCACAAUCCCACCUCAGCCCGAACCGCUCCCAAAGCACGUCUUCUCCACCGGAUUCGGCAUCGCCAUACGGACCCGGAGCGAAGAAGGCGACGACCACCACCACGCAUCUCCAUCCAGCCAUGAAAAAAAGCCAGUUGCCACAAUCAUCGCCACGGGUCUCCUAAUCCCCGGCGACGGCCCGCCCCUCAAAGACGCCGCCCUGGUAAUCGAAAACAAACUCAUCGCCUGGGUCGGCCCGCAAUCGGACCUCCCGCCGGAAUACACCGACGGCAGCAGCAGGCUAUCCAAAUCGUACUCGGUACCGUACCUGAUGCCGGGCCUGUGGGACUGCCACGCGCACUUCUUCGGGAUCGGCGCCGGCGCCGGCGGGUACCUAACCAUCAUCACGGACCACCCGGCGGCGUCGGGGGCGCGCCUGGCCAAGGGCUGCUGGGAGGCGCUGCAGCGCGGGUACACGUCGCUGCGGGACCUGGCGGGGUACGGGUGCGAAGUAGCGCGCGCGAUCGACGAGGGCGCGAUCGUGGGCCCCAACGUGUACAGCGCGGGCGCGUGCAUCAGCCAGACGGGCGGGCACGGGGACGUGUUCGAGCUGCCGGCGGGGGACGCGCUCCUGAACCUCGGCGUGGCGCACGUGGCGGCGGGCCACUUCGGAACCGCGACGUCGAUCUUGGCGGACGGGGUGGACGAGUGUCGGAAGGCGGUGAGGCUGCAGAUCCGGCGCGGGGCGCGCGUCGUCAAGGUCAUAGCGUCGGGGGGCGUCAUGUCGCGGGACGACGACCCGCUGUGCGCGCAGUUCAGCGCGGAGGAGCUGCGGACUAUCGUCGAGGAGGCGGGGCGGCAGAACCGCGUCGUGGCCGCGCACGUCCACGGGAAACCGGGGAUCAUGGCCGCCGUGCGCGCGGGUGUAGCGACCGUCGAGCACGUGUCGUUUGCGGAUCAGGAGUGCAUCGAUCUGAUCAAGGAGAAAGGCACCGUGUACGUUGCUACGCGAACCGUGGUCGAGUUGCUGCUGCUGUCGGGUGGGAAAGGUUUACCGCGCCAGCAAUGGGAGAAGGCACAACUAAUCGGCAACAAUAACUUUGAAGCGUACAAGUUGGCCGUCAAGGCAGGUGUGCCGAUUGCCUUGGGGACUGAUACGGCGCCCGGGUUCAACAUGGCUAUGGAGUUAGAAUAUGCUGUACAAGCUGGAUUAAGCAACCUAGAGGCGAUCAAGGCUGCGACAGCCAACGGCCCAUUGACGGUGAAGGGACAGGCACCUAAGACGGGCCAGUUGAAAGUUGGAUAUGAGGCUGACAUCCUUGGCUUAUUAAAAGACCCGGUCGAAGACGUAAAGGUAUUGCAGGAGAAGGCGACCAUCGGAUGGGUAUGGAAAGGUGGUAAGGUUUACAAAGGCCCAGGAGUAGGUCCUUGGGGGGAAGAAUCAUAGUCUUCAACCUAGCAAUUGCCCGUCACGAAUUUAGAAACUAC